CAACCCGUUUCCGUCCACCGGAAGUGCCGGACUUUCCCCACUCGCCCCCCUCCCAACCCCUCCACUUCUUCUGCGGCUUCGUCUUCCUCCAGACCAGAGUCCCACACGCUUCCCAUUCCACUAGCCCCCCUCCGCGUGAGCGCGCCGGAGCCGCGGAUCCUGCCGCCAAGAAUGGAGGCAUGGCCGGACGACUUCCGGUGCCCCAUCACGCUGGAGGUCAUGACGGACCCCGUCAUCCUCCCCUCCGGCCACACCUUCGAGCGCCGCAGCAUCCAGCGCUGGCUCGACGGGGGGCACCUCACCUGCCCCGUCACCAACCUCCCGCUUCCGCCCUCCCCGCCGCUCAUCCCCAACCACGCGCUGCGCCGCCUCAUAGCCACCGUCGCGCCUUCAGCGGUGGCCGCCCCCGCCCCCUCUGAGGGGCCUGCGCAGGGGAGGCAAGAAGCGGCGGCGGCGGUUCAGUCCUCGUCGUCCGUGCCGGCGCUGCUGAGGCUGGCCAAGUCCGGCGCCGCCGGGCGGAGGGAGGUGCUGGAGUCCGGCAACGCGGCGGUGCUGCUGCGGCACGCGGCGGCCGGGGACGAGGCGGCGGCCCGGGCGCUCCUGCUCCUCACCCUGGACGGCGACGACGCGCGCGUCGGGCUCGUGGCGGACGGCGCCGUCGACGCGCUCUCCGCCGCGGUGCGCCACGGCGGCGCGGUCGCCGCGCUCGCGGCCACGGCGCUCACCAGCCUCGCCACCGUCGACGUCAACAAAUGCAGCAUCGGGGCGCACCCCUCGGCCAUCCCGGAGCUGGUGGGGCUCCUCCGCCGCGGCGGCCCGCGGGAGCGCCGCGAGGCGGCCACGGCCCUCUACGAGCUCUGCAAGCUGCCGGAGAACCGCCGCCGCGCCGUGCGCGAGGGCGCGGCGCCCGCGCUCGCCGACUUCGCCGCCGUCGGCUCCGCCCGCGCCGUCGAGGUGCUCGGCCUCCUCGCCAAGUGCCGCGAGGGGCGCCAGCAGCUGUGCAAGAUCCCCGGCAUCGUGUCCGUGCUCUCGGGCGUCGCCGGGAGCGGCAACUCCCGGGCAAUCGAGCAGGCCGUGCUCGUCCUCAACUGGAUUUGCUCGGAGAGCAACGAAUUGGCAUUGGAAGCGAUAAAGCUGGGAGCUUUCCAGCUCUGCGAGACCCUGGUGAACGACGACAACUGCAAGAUCGCCAAGAACGCGGUCGAAUUGGCCCGGACGCUCGAGACAGCGUGAUUCGAAUUGGGCUCUGUCCAGAGAUGAAAUUUGUCAUAAUUUUGAUUUGGCACCUGCUCGAUUGGGUGCUGGCCUCAUUGUACAGAGGUAGAAACAGCAAAGGUGAAGCUUCUCAUCUUCUUCUCUCGUUCUGCUCAUUCCCCCUUCUCUUUUCAUGUUGUAGCGGCGCAGAAAGGGGGACAGAUCAGUAGAAUUUAGUUCGUGUCCAUAUGGUUAGAACAAAAAAAAAAGAACAUGGUUCCUGGUCUUAUCAGCUACUAGAACUGCUUCCGUGUUUCGGAGAAUCACCAGAUCACCCUGUCUGAAAUGUUGUCCACAAGUAUGAUACAUCUGAUGAUCUUCAUAUCCUCAGAAGUCAGUUGGUCCAGUGCGGUCGGUCGCUACUAGUUUUGUUUCUUCCUCCUUUGCUGUGUUCCAUAGUUUUUCAUGGUUACAUGAGGAGAAUUGGAUUGUGUGUAUUGCCUAUCAUCUCCUUGUGACUUUUGAACAGAAAUGAAAUAAUCCACAAGUAUAUGCAUAUAGAGGCUGUUA